AUGGACGAAAUCCCUCCAGAGCAAGAAGUCAAUGCCGAGUUUGAUCCGGACCAAUGCGCUCUCCUACACAAUGAGCUCCUUGCCAGGGCAGUUAGUCACAUUCCUAACGCCGCUGAGAAUAUGCAACAGAACUGCAUCCAGAUAGCUCUUGAGAAUCCUCCGGGUUGGGCGGACACGGAUGCAUUACAGAAAGACGAUAUUGUUCGUUUCUUCUCCCAGCUGAAUGUUUAUGAUCCACGGCACGCUCCAUUCACAGGCGAGUUUAGACAGCCUGAUGCAGUAGCAUUCUGGAACCGAACAUACGGAGAGAUGAGCGAUCCAGACAUCAUAUUACUCUACCCCACCGCAUUUGAUAUCCAGCAGGAUGCAGGCCUAUUUCUUGACCUUUUCACCAAACGAGUGACUUACGGCAAUUUGGAAUGUAGCAGCCUUCCUGCGAGCGAUUCUGAGUCAUGGGUGCCGCUUGAGUUUGCGCUUCUAAAAUUAUUGGAGAUGUGGGAUCGUGGAAAAUACUAUUGGAUGGACGACAGUAGAACUUCAAUAUUGAUACGGGGGUUUACACCCGGAGAUCUGGAAGAAACCCUUUCCACUUGGGAGGGCUUACUGGAAACUAUCCAAAGCCGCCUUGAUGAUUCGGGCGAAGACAAUUAUCGCGAUCCCCUGCCCACCAGUCUGGUAGAUCAAUUUCGGAUAAGCCCCUUUGCUAAAGCCUUUCUUACGCGGGCCAAGCAGCCAAAUUUCACUUUCGUUGCGCCGUGCAUUACGGCCUUUACAGAUGAAAGAUUUGAAGCCAUCAUGAGUUCGGAGCUUCCUGAUUCGGAACGAAGUCAGUUCAUCAAGAGAUUUCCCGAUGAGCCAGACCUAUACCCUUCACUCAUUCUUCCACUUGCCGAUGGAUCACUGAGGCUUCGAACUCCUUUCAACAUUCGCGAGCGACAUUUGGAGAGGCUCACAAUUUCGCUCCUUCCCGGACUGUACACGGCAAUUGACGAUAAGUUUGCGGACACGAUUCAGCUUGUGACAGCCCAAGCAACUGACAGGGAUAUGGCUCAUAAAGUUCAAAGACCGUGGGGAAUCGGGAGGGCGCCGCGGUUCGCAGAAGUAUUUGAGGUUUGGGCUGGUUAUGUUGUUGAUGGAAUAUGGGAGGUCGGCGCUGACGGGGUUUCAACUGGCCAUGAGUGGUUUACCGACGUCGAGACUAAAGCAUAUCGUGAGUUGCACUUCUUGGAAGACUCCAUGUAG